AUGCCAGGCAAUCCGCCGCGGACAGACGUCGACGGCAUAGACUACACGAGAUGCACCGCCCCUCACAAUCACCUCGUUGAUUGCUGCCUAGCGGCCGGUGGUCGGCUCGACCCAGCUGCCGAGUGCAGCCGCACCACCUACUUCAGCACGUACGGCGAUACGACUGAGGCCGUCCGCCGAAGGCUGCAUCCCUCACUGGUCGCCUUCCUCACUGUGGCUCGCACUCCCAAAGUCUCGCUCUUCUUUGUUGAUGGCAUGCCAGACCUGGUCGGUGACUACAGCGACGUCUUUGACAACGAGAUGGCUGACAAUGAGAAUGAGCCCAAGGCCUCCAUCGUUCGCCUGUACAUCUCCCACAUGGAUGCCUGCGACGGCAGGUCAGGCGACAUGAUCCGCCUCAGCAAGGUCAUCGCCUCUCCCACCGACCGAACGACACUGUACGGCGGCGUCAAGAUCGGGAAUUGUGAGGCGGGCGCUCUGGAGAUCGACAGUUCAGGCUGGAGGCCCUCCUUCCGCUAUCAUUGUGACAAGGGGCACGGCACAGUCCCAGAUGGCAUCCCAUUCCCGUCUCACGUGCCGUCAGGUGUCUACAGCGAGUGCGUCGUCCGGCCCGAACCCGAGAAAACCAAGGAGGUGUUCCGUCUGCCGCUGCCUGUCAACCUGUACGGGCGCGUUUUCAGCAGCGAGGAAGAGAUGAAGAAUACGGCGGUCGACGAGCUGUUCCAGCAUGGAUCCAAGCCUUCUGGGGUAAACCCUAACAGGUCCCAGCGCCUGGAGCGGCUGCUGCACCACUGGGCAACCUUGGUCGAUCGAGGGUUCUGGUCUGUCGGGCCGCACGGGGUGGCGGGCUCGAUCGAGGUGUUCAAGGAUGCUACGCUAAACUGGGCGGAUUACAUGAUUCCAUUGAGUUGGCAAGGCACAUCCCCAGGCCGCUUGUUCUCUCAGCUCGGAGGACAGCGGCGUUGUUGGGCUUGCACUCCCACUUCGUCGAAGGGUCGCCACUCAGGCUCGCAGUCGCCCGAGUGGCAGUUCCCGGGCGCCCAGUAG